AUGGUUAAAACAAAUAAAAUUCAAAGUAUUUCAUAUACUCUUGAUGAAUUACGUCCAAUUCGAUCAUCUAUUGAUCAAUGUCGUUCUUAUUUAAUAAAAUUUAUUGAACAAUAUAAAACAAUUAAUUUAUUAGAUAUUGAAACACGUUUAUUAAAUCGUUGUGUUUAUAAAAAUUGGAAUGCACGUCGUACUGAACUUGGUAUACAAGCAAGUCGACGAACUGUUCGUUUACUUGAACAAUAUCUUUCUCAACGUGAACAAUAUCUUGAACAAAUUCUAAUAGAAUUUAAACCAGAUAAUAUUGAAAUUCGUUUACCAUCACGUGGUACAAUUAAUCAAUUAAUUAAAAGUCUUGAAGAAUCAUCAUUAUUAUUAACAAAAAUUAAACGUCUAUCAAAGUUAACUGUUGAUCGAUUAAGACUUGAAUGUUUUCGUGCAAAUUAUGUUCAUUAUAAUAUAUUAAUAAUGUCUCUUUGUUCAAGAAUUUAUUUUUUAGUUUUAACUCUUGAUAAAAUUCAAAAAGAAUUUUGUUAUAAUAUUAAACAAUUUAUUAAAAUAUUCAAGAAAAAAACUAAAAACUAA